GGACCCCACAUAUCAUAAGCCUCUCACACUACUAGCCGGAAAGAAAAGGAGAAGUGAAAGCGAAGAAGGGGACAGCCGACAGCGGCGGCAGAGGAGAGAGCGACAGAGAAGCGGCGAGAGCACCGCGUCGCCAUGAGCGCCCUCAAGUUCUGCCGCCAUUGCAACAAUAUGCUGUACCCGCGGGAGGACAAGGAAACGCGCACCCUCCACUACGUUUGCCAGUCCUGCGAGCAUCAGGAGGUUGCCACUGAUACGUGCGUGUACAAGAGGGUUCUCCGCAAACCUGCUGAUGAACCUAAAGAUAUCCUAAAAGAUGCAGCUACUGAUAUUUCUUCACUGCCUCGCACCAGAAGUGUUAAAUGCUACAACUGCGGCUAUCCAGAAGCUGCUUUUUUCCAGGCCCCAUCGAAGGGAGAGGCAGACAUGGUCCUGUACUUCAUCUGCUGUAGCCCUACCUGUUCUCACAGGUGGAGGGACUGACAAGGGGGAACUGGGAACCCUCUAUAAAACGAAGUUUCAGUUCAUGUCACUGAAACUUGAGUGGGCCUGUUCAUGCACACAUUUGUGGACUGUGGUCACCAUAACUUGUAGUUUUGUGAUUGGUGUACUGGUUCUGAAGUUUCAGACGACUUCUUACUGUGGGGCUGUGGGCAUACUGUGUCUGGGCAUGUCUUCUACUAAUAUCUUUAUAUUGCAAGUGAUGUUUGAACGUAAAUAUUUCUUUUUAGAAUUGUGCACGAGAAUUAAUAGUU